UUGGCGCGCCGAGUUUCAUCAUCGUACGCCACUGACCCAGUUCAGGCAUUUAUCACAACGGCACACACACGGAUACAGGCGAUUGUCCUGAGGGUCUGACCCCAGCACAAUGAAUGACCCCCCAUAUCGCAUCCUCAACCUCUUCCCCUUUCCCCACCACUCCUCUUCCACUGCCCGUCCCGCUGCUGACUAAGUGGACUUUUAUUUCACUACUAUUACGGCCCAAGCUGCGUAUACGCAAUGAAUAGUUUCGCUGCCAAGCUUUUGCCUUUUUCUGCCUUCAGUUGCUCGCUGGCCAUCUUCAGUUGCUAAGCGAUUUAGAUUUGGGCACAUAUCUCACGGUUCUUGAUGGGUUAUUUGCUCUCUGUGAGAGAUAAAGAGCCACUGGCUAAAACUCUUCAGACGCUUGCCUGAAUCACAAUCAUUGUUAAAUGUCUGGCCCCCGGCGGCGUCCAUUCAUAAAUUUAAAACAAAUAAACCCCCACCUAUCACUUAUCUGCCGGUUCUUCACCUACGAAACGUCAUUGGCUUGAUGACGUAAUGUGUCAUCUUUAUGAAAUUAUAAAUAAUUUAUUUCCUUUGGACAAGCGCCGAUUCAACAUGGAAAUUUCAGAUAGAUAAGACUAUCUACGACUUGCUCUGUUUCCCAGUCCAUUGAAUUGAGUAGAGUAUGUUCAGUAGACGAACGCCUUUCGAGCGAACAAGUCAGCCAUGAGCUACCAGAAUUUCCUAGGUUUUCUGCUCUUGCUGACCCCUUCUUUUAUCGAGGCCUAUGGAGAUCAAAGUCGCUAUCGGUUGUAUUUGCAAUCAGAUUACGCUCUGCAAACAAUCAGCACUCAGCUAGUUUCGCAGGCAAUUGAGCUGGUGGACUAUAUGGUGGAAGAUCUGAUCGUCUUGGACUCGCAGAACUCCAUUCUGUUGGGCUACUUGGAUCGUUUCGACGCCUUCACUGCCGUAGAUGCGAAUAAAACCGAGCAUAAGCUAAAUGCCUUCUAUGGCGUGAUUGAGGAGUAUCUAGAUUCGGAUACCACGGGGGAUCCACUGAGAACUUCCAGUAUCGAGACCCAGUUGAUUGCCCUUUGCCUGCAGCGCAACGGAUUCGAUCGAUGGAAGCGCACGGUUCAGACCCGGACAGCCCAGCUCCAAAAGCUAAUAUACCGGAAGUUGAGGAAGCACCUGGAGUCCAUAGACAGGGAGGAUCGAUUGGCUGUGGAGCGCAGGUGGAAGAGAAUCCUGACUCGUGGCGGCCCCCGAAGAUUGGAGAAGCUGAGAGAAUUCGUCAAAUGGCUGGGAAAUUUCAGAGAUUAGAGGGUGGCGGCCCGGGUGAACGAAUUGUUAGGCAAUAUGAUAUGCCGUUUAGUGAUAAGAAGAGUUAUAAACAUUAUUUAUGGGUGUGUGGAGCAAGAGAAUGUUUGUGGUUUAAUUAUAACCGGCCAUGACCUUGAGGUAUUAUCAAUAAAAGCAAUAUAAAAAA